AUGAUAAAAAAAUACGAGACCUUAGAUUAUGAGUACACAUCUAAACACCUGAUCAGGAGCUUUAUGCUGUGCUUUUCGAAGUAUAGUUUAUAAGAUUUUUUCCACGUACUUAGAUCUCUAAAGUUUUAAUCGGAACAUUUCAUUGAUUUAGGGAAAAUUAUAAACUCAGUCAAUGAACAAAGCAACGACGAGGAGAAAAAUUAAAUGUAUUGGGAACAAAAAGGAAAAUAUAACGAGUUUCCUUAGAAAUUUAUUAAAUACUCUGGUAAGGGCAACACUAAUUAAUUCCAAUAUAAAGAAUAAUUUAUGAAGAAGGAGGAAUUUUAUUAAAAUCAGAAAAGGUUCUCGCUGAUUAUUUAGAAGUAAUAAUAUAAGAGAAAGAGAAAGGAAAUUAAUAGCUUAGAUGUGGAUAAAUGUUUUGGAUAAUAAAGAAAGAAUGGGAAGUCAAAGAAUUAGAAAAUAUGGUGA